AUGGCCGACGAACGCGACCGACUGCACGUCCUCGCUCAGGCUGCUGGACGUGUUUCGCCGGCACAUCCACCUGCCCUUCCCACGAUCCUCCACUCGGUCUCCGUCGUAGGGGAACUUGAACGGGUUCGUCUGGGACUGCAACGCCAGGAGCCUCACAUGUACAUCCCACAGCCUCUUGUGGUGCACGGUCCGGCUGCGCUUCUGCUCUGGUUCACGGCGCGACAGGCACAAGGAGGACGCGCUGGUCCUCAGCUGAGCUUCUAUUCCGCCCUUUGCUCGACUGCCGACACCCUGGAGACGCUCAACCAGGUCUACUUGACGGUGCCCAACGGCGCUUCUUCGGCCACCGGCAGAUCUCAGUGGCAUUCAAUCGAGACGAGAAGCGGCGCGCAACUGCUCUACACCCAGGAGACUGUGAAGCCAGGAGGUCUGCCUUUCGCCAGCGCCGUCAAAUUCAGGGAUGCCGCCGGCUUCAACCACAACCGCGGCCCGCACAACUACCCAACCGGCAACGCCUCAUUCCCGGACGGCACCUCUGUCAAGCUCUUGUACGCUGCGGCGCAUGUCCAGCUGUACGACCUGCUAGACAGGUGGGUCCACGAGGGCGGUCUCUCCCCAUCGGACGCGGGUCUCCAGGACAGCCAGCACCUUGUCCUCCUCUCGAUCGCCAUGCUCAUGCAGCAGGAGGCGAACGAUGCAGAAUUGUCGAGCCACGAGCCGAUCGAGACGAAGCUUCACAUCGCGCUGCUUGGCGAGACGCCCGCCUCGCGCAGCACAAUUCUCGGGACCUUGCGGCGGAUCGUGCAGCACGCCGUCGCGCACUGUCCGAUGUGGAACCCAGCGGAGCCCUUUGCUACGCCCUGGGUCCGCGACCACAUCAACUGGUGCAACUCGCUCAGAACGACAGCACAAGUUCACUACCCGAACUUGCAGGAUCCGCAAUUCUACCGCACGCACCUCAUUCGGGCUGUCGAAGUCUGCCGACGCGUUCUCGCCGUCCACACCCCUCGCCCGAACCCUCAAGCAGCCCUGCGCGCUCCUCCCGGCCAUCCCGCUCACGUCGCUGUCGCACGUCAAGCGAACGGCCAACCGGUCAUCGUCCACCUCCGUCAGCAGCCAAUGAACCGACAGCAGCUGGUCGAUCCGCGCGUGAGGAUGAUGGACAUUCGCGGUGGACGACAGCCCGCGCCUGUUCAUGUGCCCGUCAACUUCGGACAACCUCCUCAACCCGACCCGCCCCGCGGCGAGCCGCCUCGCGACUACCGCGGCCACCCUGUCAAGCAGGAGAGCGACAGCGACAGCGACUAG